GGAAGCUGAAGGCUUGAAGACUUCUCUUUAGUAUCAAACAAGAUGGAUCCCAGCAGUGAUUACCAUUUCUUAAACCAGAUUCUGGGAAGAAGGGUGAAAAUCACUUUAGUCUGUGGCAUCUUCCAGGGAGUGCUUCAACAUGUGGACCCUAGCAAGAUUAUUGUUCUGAAAAAAGUCAAGAAUUUGGAGACUGGCCGAAGUGUGCCAGGAGUGAAGAUGUUUUUUGGCCAUGAGAUUGUGAAUGUGGAACUGCUGGAUGAUGUGGAACAAGGAGUAGGAGAAAAAACAGCUUCUGUCAGGGAUAGCCUAAAUACAGAAGAAACAAGGAUGGACAAAGUGAAAGAAGCAGACCAGAAUAUGAAUGAUUCAGCUUCAUCUUCCCUUGAGUCACAUACUAUCACCUUGCUGAAUGACCUAAAAUACAGUCCCUCAGAGGAAGAAGAUGUGACGUACACAGUAGUUAAUCAGUUCCAACAGAAGUUUGGUUCUGCUAUGCUGCACAUCAAGAAACAGAGUGUCCUGAGUGUGGCAGCUGAAGGAGUUAAUUUAUGUCGUCAUGGGAAACUCUGUUGGCUUCAGGUGGCAACAAGUAGUCGGGUUUACUUAUUUGACAUUUUCCUUCUGGGAAGUCGAGCUUUCAAUAACGGACUUCAGAUGGUGUUGGAGGAUAGGAAGAUUUUGAAAGUCAUUCAUGAUUGUCGCUGGCUUUCUGACUGCCUUUCUCAUCAGUAUGGAAUUGUUCUUUCUAAUGUAUUUGACACACAGGUGGCUGAUGUCCUUCAGUUUUCUAUGGAAACAGGUGGCUUUCUUCCACACUGCAUCAGUACCUUGCAGGAGAGCUUAAUUCGACACCUUAAAAUGUCCUCCAAAUGUGUCUCCUUCCUGGAUGACAAGCAAAAGAUGGUUCAGGAGAAUCCUGAAAUAUGGUUUAUGCGACCUCUCCCACCUUCCUUGCUGAGAGUGCUAGCCCUGGAGACGACAUAUUUGCUGCCCCUGCGCUUGUUGCUUCUGGAUGAGAUGAUGUCUGACUUGACUACGAUGGUGGAUGCGUACUUAAAUACCUAUCGGGAAGGGUCUGGAGAUCUGUUGGGAGGCACAGAGGCAUCAUGUAUGGAGCUGCCAGAGGAGUUGCGUCAGCUGAUGGAUUUCCAGAGACUUCGAAGAGAACGAGCCAUGAAAGAUUAUGAGACAAAUGCAGAGGGUCUCCUAGUUAGACCACAGCUAAUAUAUCCCAAAGAAAAGUCAGUGGAAGAAGGGAAACAAAAAAGCACUAGAGAUUCUUUGCCUUUUGAAAGAGCCAUGCUUCCUAAAGCUUUGGAUUUAGGUUGUCUCAAACCUCAGCAGGCUCGGGAAGAUACAUGUUUGCAGAAACAAGAAACAAAAUAUGACAGCAAACAAAUGAGAACAAAAUAUCAACAUUCAUCUUCCACAGAAGAUGCAGAAACAGGUGACUCUACCACAAAGACAUCUAGUUGCUUUGGUCGACAGGGGUCAAAAGAUGUCAAAAUAACUCGGAAGGAACAAACUGAUACGCCAAAACAGACACAAUCCAGCAUGUCCUUGCAAGAGAAAAUAGAGCUGCUAUUGAUGGGGGGAAAGGAAGAUGAGAAUGUGGAAAAUAAAAUGUCUGUCUCUUUCUCUUCUGCAGGAAACUAACACUUCAAGAGAUUACUUUCAACCUUUAAAGAGAUCUGUAGUUCCCUAAUCUUAUUCUUGCUCAGCCUUGGAGAAGCCUGACUCCUAGCUAAAUUCAUAUAUAAAACCUUAAAGUAACUAGCUGCUCUGUAAACCUGGAAGCUGGCUCACAGCCCCAGUCAUGGAACAUGUGUGUAGUCAUUCUGUGCCUACUAAAAUUCACCGCUUCUCUCAAAACUAAACCAAACCUACCGCAAACAAAGAGCUGACUUUCUGAAUUUUAGUUUCAAUCAUAUUUACUUACAGAGCACUUUGCUAUUGAUACAUUAUAAUUUUUAUUGUUUUUAACCUGUUUUUUUUGGCUUUGUUUUGAAUGACUUACCUGUUUUGUGCUAUAAACAAGCAUCAGCAGAUUACAUUUCAAGUUUCUUUCUGCCAAGGAAAUUCUUUUAGUUUCUUUGUACUUGAUUUAUUUAUCUCUGUUCUUGAAGCAAUACACUGUCAACUGCUUAGCACAAGGAUUUGACAUUGUGUUCAUUUCAUAAAUUAUAUCUAAAGGGUUUUCUUCAAAUCCGUAGUCAAGAUUCUCAUGCUUGGGCCGGGGUACUUCCUUAGGUGCUGAGUGUUUGCUUAUUGAGCCUAUGCAGUUUGGAAUUUAUAAUUUUUUCAAAAUUUUGUUUAUUAAAGAUAAAUAAGCUUAUUUUGGUACUUGAUGGUCUCACCAAGUUUGCUGAGGGGAUCAAGAUUUGAUUUUUAUGAAAUAAUCCAGAACAAACCCAGGUAUUUUUAGAACGUGGUAUUUUGAAAGGUACUUUGAAAGGUACUCAUGUCCUGAUUUUAAUGAUUGGAGUGGAUAGCCAUAACAGGGCAUUUGAUGAAGCCUGGGAAAACUCAGGACAAUUUAGUCACUUUAUUUAAUAAUUCCAAAUUGCUUUCCAGAAUUACUGGACCAAUUCACGCUCCACCCAUAUGGCAUCCUUGUACCAUUCUUUCCACAACCAGUACAAAAGCAAUUAUUCCCAUCUUUUGUUAUCUUUGACAAUUUGUUUCCUGUGAGUUAAA